UAAGAAGUACAGUAGGAUCCUAUCAUGGCCACCAAAGUCAUCGGCGAACACAUUCUCAAGGACAACCAAAAUAGCUGUCUGAAUCCAAAAAAAUCAAGACAAAAGUCAAACCUUUAGACCCACUCUAAAGCCACUUUUUUACAAAAAUUCCUCUAAAAAACUCAAAAGAUUUUUCCAAGAAUCUUUUUUAGUCCGUCCAAAAAAUUCCAGUUCAGAUACAAAUAUGGCGAAAAGGAGGAAAACAUAAAGUCAUUCUAAAGCCGCGUAUUUUGGCUCACUAACCAUUUCAAGUUGACUCCAGAUGGCGGCGCUCCUGACUCACUCUCGGCCGGUGGGAGAUUUCGCCACCGGGUUCUCGCCGCCGCCGGCGGAGAUGGGCGACGGCGACGUCGUCUACGUAGCUGUGGGGAGGUCCCUGGAGAAGACAACGGCGCUGUUACAGUGGACUUGCAGCGUGUUCCCAGGGCGCGAAGUUGUCCUGCUUCACGUUAAUCGUCCUUCUCCCUUCAUUCCAACUCCAUUGGGAAAAUUGCCAGCUAGUCGAGCAAAUCCUGAUAUGCUGGCAGCAUUUAGACAUGAAGAGAGAGAAGAGACAAUGAAGCUAUUGUCUGAUUACCUGAUGAUUUGCAGCAGAUCCAAGGUGAAAGCAAGCAUUGUUACAACUGACAGUGAUGAAGUUCAAAGAGGAAUUGUGGAAUUGUUUCUCAAGAGUGGGUGUGAUACCAUCUAUAGACGUAGCCUGUCCUCUUCAGCAAACAUAUUCUCAAGGAAUUCCUCCUCCUCAACAAAGACUUUAGAAGAGUUCUUGUGCAGUCAGCUUGAGGAUUUGAAGCGGGAAGUUCAUGAGUCGAGGGAUGAAGCCUUUCUGGCACUUCUCGAGCCUAGAGUGUUGGAAGAUGAAGCCCUCGAGGCAUUUAGUAAGGUCAAAACUCUGGAAACGUCUCAUUCUCAGGAGGAGAAAUUAAGGAUGGAGGCGGAGGAGACACUAGGAAGCAUAAUACAAGGAGAGGAAAAGCUCGUUGAAGAAAAUGCAAAGUUAACCCAGAAUCUGCAGAAGAGCAUGCGGAACAUAAGCGUCCUGGAUGGGCGGGCCCACGAAGCUGAGCGCAGGUGUGAGGAAGUUGCAGAGGAACUAAAGCUCGUCCAAGCUUCCGUAGCAAGCCUGCUUGACGAGAAGCAGAAGUUGCACGGGCAGAAAAACGAGGCUGCAAGGUGGCUCGACGGGUGGAGAAAUCACGAGAAAGUGGUGACUAUUGGGUCAAAGGUGGAGGAGAAGGUGAUUGAGUGUGACACGGAAGCUGCCACUUGCAAUUUCUGUGAGAGCCUAAGGAUAGGGCAAGGAGAGUAUGGAGUCGUGUACAAGGGUGAGAUUUCUGGCCUCAAGGUUGCUGUAAAGAAGCUGCAUGCUCAUAACAUGCAGAGGCACGCCGAGUUCAACACAGCUGUUCAAGUUGUAGGCAAACUACGGCAUCAUCCCCAUCUCGUGAAACUAAUCGGAGUAUGCCCCGACUCGUGGUCCCUCGUGUACGAAUACUUGCCAGGUGGCAGCCUUCAGAACUACCUCUCCAACAAAAGGAACAUGAGCGCCCUCGGUUGGAAGACCCGAGCGCGAAUCGUAGCCGACAUUGCUAGCGGCCUCCACUGCAUGCACUUCUCGAAACCAAAAGUCGUGCACGGGAACCUGAAGCCCGAAAAUUUAUUCCUUGACCAUGAAAACAGGUGCAAGAUAAGUGACUACGCGGACAAUAUGCUCUUGCCCAACAGAGCUUUUCGCUGUUGUUCGGGCUCGGGUAGUGUUUGCUUGUACACUGAUCCUGAAUCCUACAAAAACGGGUCACUCACCCAAAUGUCCGACAUUUAUUCUUUCGGGGUUAUUAUUCUCCAGUUGGUGACGGGAAAAACAAAGGGGAGAAUAGCAGGGAAGGUGCGGAGGGCAGUAUCGUCAGGAAAAAAGAUUGCGUCUUUGUUGGAUGUGUCGGCUGGGGAUUGGUCGGCUUAUGUGGGCCGUAGAUUGGUGGAGUUGGGAUUGCAAUGCUGUGAAAGGAACAGUCGGGAUAGGCCCGAAAUGACAGAGUGCCUCGUCAAGGAGCUCAAGUGCAUGCCGUUCUUGGAGGAGCAAACCGUGCCAUCUUUCUUCCUAUGCCCAAUUCUUCAGGAAAUAAUGCAUGACCCCCACGUUGCAGCCGAUGGUUUCACGUAUGAAGGGGAAGCCUUGCGGGGAUGGCUGCAAAGUGGUCGUGAAACUUCUCCAAUGACGAAUUUGAAACUGACGCAUUUGGAUCUAACUCCCAACUACUCCCUAAGGCUUGCUAUUCAAGAAUGGGUUGCCAAUCUCCAGAUUACCUCCUCUUGAUUUCCGUCCAUCUUUGCACGUAAAAAUGUACCAUGUAUUGAUGGGACUUUGUGCACGGAUUAUUACAAUAAUUAGUCAUUGGCUGGGGGAUUCCUCUCUAUUGAUUAACGAGCAAUUUAUUAUCCACCUCUCACUUACUGCUUCUCAUUUUCUCGACCUUGCUUCUAUUCUGCAUGGUAUUAGAUGAACUCCAAGUUUAUGUUUUUGACCUUGGACACCAUUCUACUUAAGUAGGUGGAGCUCUGCUUCUGUGCAUAGUCCAAGACAUUUGUCUUAAUGAAACCCACUCCAAGCAACAAAAAUCCGUUUUCAGAUCUCCUUUCACUUAAUCUUAUUUUCUUUUCUCGACAAUUCCGAAUUACAGGCUUGUUGGUUUUAUGAGAGAUAUUAUUAGACGAUUAAAGAAUUAAAUGCCUCUGUCUGAUUUAUUUAGUAGAAGACGUUGUUGCAG